GAGUUGUGUGGGCUGACUGCGCUCAAGCUGUCGUUCAUGUUCUUUUCGCCCAUUGUCAUCAUUGCAAAAGUCCUCUAUGAUGCGAACACUGUGACUCCGCCACUCCGCCCCAUGAGCGAUGCGAACGUCACAGAAUUUGCGUUCCGGCUGACCUUUGAUAUAACAAAUGACGAAAACCUGUGGAGUGGAAUGGCGGGAGCACUGCCGUUCGGCUUCGUCAGAACUGGAUUCGACCAGAUGGUGGUGCAGAGGUUCAUGGCUGCCAGGACAAUACGGCAAGCAAAAGUGAUAGCUCUUGCAGGUCCCAUUUUUGUGCUGGUUUAUUUUAUCAUAGGGGAAUUCACUGGCGUAUCCAUAAUAUAUUGGUUCCGAGACUGCGAUCCGGUUCUACGUGGCGCCAUCAAGAGUUAUGACCAGAUUGUUCCGUAUUAUAUGAUGAAGAACCUCGCCGACGUGCCCAUGCUCAGAGGCCUAUUCUUGGCUGGACUCGUUGGGGCGUCCACGAGCACUGUUUCAUCGAUUGUCAACUCUCACGCGGCAAUAUUUUACGUCGAUGUCGUCACACCCUACGUCAAGUUGACCGAGAAAAAGGCCGUCGUAGUAAUGCGCCUCCUAGCAUUCGCAAGCGGCACCAUUAUGACCUUGGGCGCCAUAGCAGUGCCUUACCUCGGCACCGCGGCACGGCUAUUCAUGUCGUUUUAUUCUUCCGCGGCUGGACCAUUUUCUGGCCUCUUUCUACUCGCCCUUUCGUCGCCGUGGGUGAACGCAAAGGGCGCGGGAUGUGCAACACUCCUCGUCUGCAUCUUCCUCCUGUGGCACGCUGUCGGAAGGGGUCUUUCUGAAAUACCACCAGUUCCGGUUCUACCCAAAUCGCUCGAUCGCUGCCCAGUACAGUCAAACGCCAGUGGAUUGAAUGACUACCCUACAACUGCUACAGACAUGGCAGAUAUUGCGAGCUCCGAUGUGUUCCCGCUGUACUUGGUAUCCUUUUACUGGAUAUCCUUUAUCGGCGCCCUGCUGACGAUAUUCUUGGGAACUGCUCUGAGCCUUUUGACAGGCGGUCACAAAACUGCAACGAGAAAUGUGCGUUUAACAAGCCCAGUGUUUUUGAACAUCUGGAAAAGGUUUCGAUUUUUGCGCCGGACAGUCACGCUUCAAGGAGACGAAAUCAAGAAUGGACCUACCCUACUACAGCCCAAAGAGCGAGAAGACGAAAAUGAGAAGGACCCUAACCUCGACGCUGAACUUCUUCCGAUCUUCAAGGGAAGCUAGCGCCGUGGGGGCUGUGAUGUCGAAUAGCGACGAGCGCCUAUUACUUAAGGGAACAGGGUAGGCCCUAUACCCGCCAUGUAUUUUAGGCGAUGUUUAUGUAUCUUUUUCUAACCGUAAGAGUUACAGUAAUUCUUUUACUAUC